AUGACGUCUUCUACUUCUUCUCCGAAAAUUUAUCUCGAUAACAAUGCGACAACUCCAUUAGAUGAUAGAGUAAAAACAGCAAUAACUGAUGCAUUGGAUCUAUGGGCAAACCCAUCAAGUAAUAAUGCAAAUGCAUUGAAAGCAGCCGAUGCGAUUCUUGAAGCAAGAAGUCACCUCGGGAACAUGUUCGGUGUUGAAAAAGAAGGUGUCGUGUUCACUUCUGGAGGAACCGAGUCCAAUAACUGGGUUAUUGAAGGAGCCAUUCGGGCAUUUAGAAAAAAGAAUAAGACUUUGAUCCCCCAUAUUGUCACGACGAAUAUCGAACAUCCAUCAAUUCUGGAACCGCUGAAAAGAAGAGAGGAAGAUGGAGAAAUUACGGUAACAUAUGUUUCUGUCAUUCCCUCAACUGGAUAUGUAACUCCUCAAUCUAUUUUCGAUGCUCUGACUACAGCCACGUGUCUUGUUACAGUCAUGCUGGCAAAUAACGAGACAGGAGUUCUUCAACCGGUUGCAGAAAUCUGUCGAUUGAUUCGAGAUAGACUCAAAGAGAAUGCUCCAUUCCUACAUUCUGACGUGGCUCAAGCUGCAGGGAAGAUUCCAAUUGAUGUGAAUGGCCUAAGUGUUGAUGCGGUAACUGUAGUUGGGCACAAGUUCUAUGGACCACGAAAUGGUGCAUUGAUUUUUAAUCCAAAGUCAGAAAGAAUUCCUCCAAUGUUGUUAGGAGGAAAUCAAGAAUCUGGGUGGAGAAGUGGAACUGAAAAUACUCCGAUGAUCGUAGGAUUAGGAGAAGCUGCUAGAAUAUAUAAUGAAGCAUCUUCAAAUAUUGAGACAGUUCUCCGUCAGAAUCGAGAUUAUUUCGAGGAACUUUUGGUGAAACGUCUUCGUAAUUCCCAUGUGAUUCACUUUCUCGGAUCUCCACGUCUUCCAAAUACUUCCAGUGUUGCAUUCCUUGAUUACCCUUCACACGGUUGUGACCUUCUCGAAAAAUGUCGUACUUUCAACGCAUCAACGGGCGCUGCCUGUCACAAAAACGAAUGCAGUCCUAUCUUGAAGGCAUGUGGAAUAUCUUUUGCAGUGGCAUCAAAAACCGUGCGAAUUAGUUUUGGCAGAUCUACAGAAUUGGCUGAGAUCGAUACUGUACUGAAUGAGCUUGUAGAGCUAUGCUCUCCAAAAAAUGAAGAACUGUAG